AGGGCAUUUUAAUACUUAAAAUUUUUUCAUGUUAAUAUGCAAAGUCAAUUCAACAUGUAUAUAGGCAGAUAAGGUAUUGAACUAUGAGUGUCUUCAUUCUUAAGACAGGUGUCUCGUUUUGUAGGCCAAAAUAUGCCACCCAAAAAGAAAAGACCAAAGAGCACUACAACCGGGAACACACCAUCCUCUGAGACUUCAGGCCCGGCAAAACGUCGAAAGCAGACAACAUCAGCCUCUGUUGACAUUGCCGAGCAGGUGAACAACGCUAUACAAUUAGCCCUGCCAAAAAUCACUCAAGCGGUCCUUUCGGCAAUGAAUGAUAAGAGCGAGGAGCACACAGUUAAAGCUCCAGAGGUGCCUCAGGAAUUACCAAGCACGUCCACGGAGCCGCUUUCCCAGGCUAGCGAUGGUACAAGAAUUCAAGGAGGGGUUCCCAUCUAUGAAUCCAAUGCCGACACCAAUAUCUCCAACAAUGCUCAACCUUUAAAGAACCUAGCAGACUUCAUUUUGCAGAGUUCACUUUCUAAAGCUUCUAGGUCAUCAUACGAUAGAGCUUUUACAUGUUAUAAGUCCUUCAUGUUCAACCAAUAUCCAAACGUCCCCAUCUUACCACCAUCAUCUCAACAUGUCGCACUUUUUGUAGCCUUUUGUUUUCAAUCCAACAUGGCGACGUCGACCUUGAAAAGUUAUCUAUCAGCUCUAGGAUAUAUAUUUAAAUUAAAGGGCUAUCAAGACGUAACACAGCUUUUUGUAAUUCGCAAAAUGCUACAAGGGUAUGAAAAGUUAAAACCAGGUACCGGGGAUACGAGGCUGCCUAUAACACCGUCUAUUCUAAGAAAUUUAGUUGACUCGCUUGAUCAUUUAGGUAUCUCAUUUUACCAGCGCAGCAUGCUAAAAUCAAUGUAUUUGUUGGCCUUCCAUGCCUUCUUAAGAGUGGGGGAAAUAACUAUCACAUCUCGACAUCACAGAGGUAAUGUUUUGCUACUGGAAAAUGUUAAGCUUGUUCGAGACGAAUCAAACACACUAGAAGGCCUAGAAAUAAGACCUGAUUCUUUCAAGCACAGUUCCGGCCGACAUAUUCCCACCUUGUUUCUACAGGCUAGUAAUUCCGAUGAAGGGCUCUGUCCAGUGCAAGCACUAUUGUCAUUUAUUACACUAAGGGGUCAAGUCAUGGGUCCCCUUUUUUCUUACCCUGAUGGUCAUGGAAUCCAAAGGCAACAAUUUACAAACUUUCUACAAAUGUCUUUAAAGUGGUCGGGUCUCGAUUCUAAACUCUAUAAAACUCAUAGUUUUCGAAUUGGUGCGGCAACGUCAGCGGCCGAAAUGGGUAUUUCAGAUGAAAAGAUUAAACAGAUGGGACGAUGGCAUUCCGACGCAUACAAGAAAUACAUACGCAUACCUGUUUUGAAAAUCUAAAUAUUUUCUGCAGUAAGUAUAAUCAUGGGGACAGGGGCCUCUGAUUAUGCACUAAAUAUCAACACAUACUACGAUCAGCUGGUUUUUGGACAUAGCGAAUAUAAGUUUCCAGAUUUAUAUUUAAUUUCCCUUUAUAGCAUGGACUGUUUUGAAUUUUAAACCUAGGUCAUGGGGACAUGGGCCUCUGACUUAACCUUAUAAAUAUAGCAUGGAAUGUUUUGAUUUUCAAACUUGAGUCAUGGGGACAGGGGCCUCUGACUUAACCUUACAAAUAAAGGAUGGACUGUUUUGAUUUUUCGAACUUACACGUAAGUCAUGGGGACAAGGGCCUCUGACUUAACCUAAUGGAGGUACAACUGCGUUCAUUUUUCUUCGACAUUAAGUCACGGGGACAUGGGCCUCUGACUUAUUCGCCUGGUUGUGUUUAUAUAAUGUAUAAUAUGUUUGUUUAUUCCGGUUGGCUGUAAUAGUGAUGUUAGAAACUUUGAUGAAAUAUGACAGAGGAUCGUGAACUUAAUUAUAACGUAUUAUGGACACUGCUGGUUAAUGGAGCUUGAACGAGAUCCUUCUAUCACUUAUAAAGGAGUAUCUUGACCAUCUUUGAAGAAACUGUGUGGUAUUUAUGUUUGUGCAUUAAUAUUAACAAUUCAUUAGAAGACAAUAGUUUAAGGAUGGGGUUUAUUGCGUUUAUGUAAACACAAUAAUGUGGCGAAUUUUUAUACCCCACCUUUGAUAUCUAUUGAAACAAAAUUGAUUAUAUUUUCAAUUGUUCAAUUUUUCUGAUUCUGCAUUAUAUGUUUAUAUGCAUGAUAUUUUGUGUUUUUUCAUACAGUCAUUUAUAAUGUAAAUAAAUGGCAUUUUUCAAUUCACUUAAUCUUAAUUUUGUUUCUUCAUAUCAAACAGAGUUAAACUAUUGUCAGUGGGUUUACAUAAAUAUUUAAUUUACAUCCUUAAAUUAAUUUAUGUAAAACAUCUGACACGGCAGACCCAUGCUAGCAAUUAAGUUUCUUAAUCGCAAAAUUUCUUAUCCGUUAGAUUAAAGCAAUUCUCGAAGAUCUUUCUGUAAAUUGGUAUGAUUUAUAUUCUCGGCCGUCGGAUGCUAAGAUAUGCGCGCGGGUUCUCACGCCUUUCACCAUUCCCUCACAGAACCUUGUCAGUGAACGCGCAAGCAAAAAUUCUGCUGUAAUUUUAAUUGCCCUCCGUCCCGCCCCAACACCAUCUGUAAUUAUUGCCGUGUCAGCAUAGUUAUCUUUGAUUGGUUUUGUAUGAUACAUAUUCUUUUAGAAUAGUUUUUUAUGUUUAUGUUUUAAUUUGCUAAAUAUAUGUACGAUUGUGGUGUUUGCGAAUUUUUAUACCCCACCUUUGAUAUCUAUUGAAACAAAAUUGAUUAUAUUUUCAAUUGUUCAAUUUUUCUGAUUCUGCAUUAUAUGUUUAUAUGCAUGAUAUUUUGUGUUUUUUCAUACAGUCAUUUAUAAUGUAAAUAAAUGGCAUUUUUCAAUUCACUUAA